CGUAGAGAUGGGAAAGAAGGACAGAAAGGAAUGGAACAUUUGGCUGCAAAUUGAUUCAUUCUCUCAAGAUCUCAUCUUUUUUUUUUUCUUUCCUUUUUUUUUAAUCAUUUCCUCUCUUCCUCUCUGCUCUCUGAGUCUGUGAUCCUUCCUUCUGAUUCCAUCAAACUCAGAUCAGUCGCAGACCCCAAAUAGGAUUCAAGCAACGAGGUUUCAGUUUAGAGAUAAUAUUUUAAGUUCCCAUCUCGGUUGUUGCUUCUUGUGAAGUCAGUGGUUAAGAGAGAGAUUGGUUCGUGGAGAUAUAUGGCAGAGGUGAAAGAUCAGUUAGAGAUUAAGUUCCGGCUAAAUGAUGGUUCUGAUAUUGGUCCUAAAUGGUUUCCUGAUGCUACAACCGUUGCAACAUUGAAGGAAACUGUUGUUGCUCAGUGGCCAAAAGAUAAGGAGAACGGGCCAAAGACGGUGAAAGAUGUGAAAUUGAUAAGCGCAGGUAGAAUAUUGGAGAACAACAAGACGGUUGGCGAUUGCAGGAGUCCUGUCUGUAAUCUCCCAGGUGCUGUCACCACAAUGCAUGUAAUAAUUCAACAUCAGGUUAUUGAACAAGAAAAGAAGAAGAAGAAGCCUAAAGGUGAUGUGAAGAAACACAACAAAUGUGUCUGUUUAUGUUUUGGAGCUCGGUGUUAACAAAAAAAGCGUAAGACAAGUAGAGUUAAAAAAGCUUUGGAGAUUCAGAGUCUCUUCCCGUCCCCUGUACACGACGAACAAAGUCGUCCAGGAAUCGAAGGCCUUCUUCAAUACUUUUUUUUUUCUUUCUUGUAAUUUUUUUUUUUUUUUUCUGUUGGUGACACCAUUGGCUUUUUGGUCGCUUGACGUUUUGGUUUCUUCUCCUAAUGUAACUCUGAUUCAUCAUAUAACACCCUGGAAUCAUAGAAAACUAAACACAAAUUUGCACUUAAUCU